UGGGAACUCAUGAAUCCACACAAAGGAGAAGUAGAUCCAGUGCAAUGCAAGCGAGGGCAGCUUCUUCGGCAGAUCGUCAAAGGCCAGCACCCGAGGCGAGCCUCCCCCACUGGGUGCAUAUAUACACAUCCAUGCAAUGCCCAGCAAACAGCACAACUGCAGCAGCAACAAAGAGCAAACAGCUGCCUGCGAGGCAAAAGGAAAAAGAUGGGGCCUCGCGGCGCUCCCGCCCGCCAAUUGACAGAUCCUUUCCAGGAAUCGUUCUGUUUGGCAUGGCGUCUCCGACAUGCGCCAGCUUGGCUCAUGUCUUGGAUGCUGCGGGUUGUGCAGCGUUGGAGGCUGCGUCACGCGAGUCCUCACGCACCGCACGGCGAGCGGCCACGCGACGCUGACUCGUCGCUCCUGCACACAUCAAGACACGCACACAGGAGGGAGGGCACACUCAUGGAUUCGUGACGGCAUACCUGAGGAGCUGCCGGGUGCUGAUGAGCUGGUCGUCGCUGUUGUGGCUGCCUCUGGCGAGGCCUGUGCCCUCAUAGCGAGGAGCUUCGCCAGCUUCUUCAGCUGCUGCUGCCGGUCGUUCAUGCUGCCUGCACAUGCAUUCAGGCAAUGUUUGGCGAAGCACACAAUCAUGCACUCUGCUCCCCGCUGUGCUCCGCGAUUGAUGUGCGUGCGUACCCAGGUACGAUCGAAAAAUAGCAUUUUGUGGGUGGUUGGAGACUGGGCCACCUGAAGGAAAAGGCAAGGCGCUGAUAGAUCGAUGUGUGUACUGCCGUGUCUCGUUAGUGCCGCGCAGCCACCCUUGUAUAUGAGGUCAAACCCUCCCACUUGGAGCUCAUUGCCCGUCAAGCUGCAAUACACACAGACAACACAGCAAGGCGAUGGCAUCAUGGUCGAUCAAUCCCUUCCCUCCCUCUUCUCAUCCCUCUCUGUCUGUCUGUCUGUCUGUCUGUUUGUUUCACUGACUAUUUCUCGACAUCAACGAUGGUGAGCACAUCGUCGAGCAUGCCGCACUUGAGGUCGUAGUCGUCCUUGGUGUUGGCCGUCAGAGACGGAGACGCGUUCACCUCCAGCAGCCAUGGCCUGCAGCCAGCCAUGCAUGGACAGCAUGACGCGAGCGUGAUGCCAUGCAGACUUCCAUGUACGUGUACGCACUGGCUCACUUGAGAUUUGAGUCGAUGAGGAUGUCGUACCCAUAGAGCUCAAAACAAUGCUUGUCGUUGAUCAUCGACUGAAAAACACACACACACAGAUUAAGACAGACGUGCACAUUGCUGUGGUGUCUUCCCCGGACACGUACCUUUUGGACGGAGAGCAGUGAUUUGAUAAUGAUGUUUUCGAUUGCCGUCGUGAGUUGGUUGACUUUGUCCUCGCCGUACUUGGACAUGAGGUACAUCUUCAUCCGCCGCACGUCCCACUUGCCCCCGCUCUUCUCGUCGUACUUCUCGCUCUGCUUCUGAACCGCAACAUUCGUCAAAUGCAUACCUACAGACAGACAGACAGACAGAUGAAGGAACAGGGAUAUAGGCAAGUGAGGAUGGAGAGGGGAUUUGAUCGUCAUCGAGUGUACCGAUGUCAGUGAGGUUUUCGUUGUCGAAGCUGAAGUGAGUAUGCGAGAAACGCGCAAAGCCGCUGCGGUAGAAAUACACCGUCUACGCGGGGAAAUAAACAAGGAGAGACAGGAAUGGGACAAGCACUCUCCUGAACGAGACAUCGCCAUGGUGUGUGUGAUGUAUCUUACCAGAGGAGAGUACGAGGUCACCAGGGCAUACAGCCGGAGAUCAAACUUCUUGCCUGACAACGCAGGAGCCGUUGCAUGUCUGCGCGGGUGGGUGACUGUGAUGCUGACUGGCAUGGGUGACCUACCUCCAAUCAAGAGAGGGUUCUCCACAUACUUCUGCACGACAUACGCCUCGGCCGUCUGGCCAAGGAUGAGAGAGAGACAUGGUUAGCCCAUCGAGGUCUUGUUACCUACCUGUUGUGUCUGGCCUUCCGGCUGCCUGAAACUCGGCACUGUCUUCCAAUCACUGCAACGCACACGGAGACGCACAAACAAGAAGAAUGUCCUUUUGCGGCUGGCGAUGGGUGUGUCUGUGCCUGACACAUCCUGACUUGAUUUGCGAGAGUUUGUCAAAUAGGAAGAUGCCCUUGCCCUGCGAUUUGCCAACGGGCUUCAUGAUCCACAGCGCAUUGUGGUGCUUCUUGAACUCUUCGACAAACAUCGAAUACUCCUGCAUACAGAACGUCCAGUGAUGCACAAGGGAAGCCACAGCCUGCUCCUCUGCCUGCUCACGCACCAACCAUGGGCAGCACAUAGGUGGUCGGAUACACAUUGUACCUGCACAGACACACAGACAGACAGACAGACAGUCAGUCAUAUACAGCAGAAAAAUGCAAGAAAAGACUUUUGUAGCUCCCCCCAUAUAUGCUUCUUACGAUUGUGCCUCGUCUGUUCUGCUUUCCUUCUCGAGCUGUCUCUUUGCCCUCUUCAUGUUCUUGACCAACAAGUCCUUGCGUGUGAGCUCAUAGUGGUUCCUGAAGUGGUUGACCCGCUGGUGGGGCUGCAGGUGGAUGUGGUCGAACUCGUCGUGGAUCCACUCCUUGUCGCACCAGUGAAGGUCCCAAUCCAAAUCACUGCAUGCGUUCACUCAGACAGACACGCAACAAGGGCAUGCAGAGCUGCCGAAUGAGGGCUGCCCCUCAUUGUCUUUCUCUCUGCGUUUGUCAGUCCACCUGUCGGUUUCCUUCCAUCCUCGGGCCUUGAGUGCGUCAUAAAUGGUGUUACGAAAGGCACAGCGGAACCGAACCUGAGAACUGCAUCCAUCCAUCGUAUAUACCCCAUCCACUUGGUCAUGCAGUGAACACUAGGUAUGUGCGCUGACUGACCUUGGUGGCGGCUCUCUUUUAAUGUACUUGCGGAGCCAUUCACACAUCGUCCCGGCCUGCACCUCCAAUGUCUUCAGCGAUUGUGUUG